AUGGGGAAUCAACUGACGGCAGCACCCUCUCAGGUGCAACCCUUGGAGAUUUACUUUGCCGAGCUGUCUGGGUAUACUUACCUCUCGACUGUGCACAGCACUCGCUUUCUUAAGACGGCUUUGGCCAACGUCCAGGGCGACCGCCGUAUCGUCAAGGUCCUCGUUUAUCCAGAUGCCAAGGCCAGUCAGCAAACUGCGUCCUACGAACGGGAACGCAACAUCCUUCGUCACUACUGGGAACAGCUGCAUGCCUCCCCGCACGCCCUGUGCUACGACAAGGACCCCAUCACCUCCAACAACGCCGCUUUCCUUCUUCGUGACUAUGCCUACACCAACCUCUAUGACCGGCUCUCCACUCGCCCACUCCUCAGCCGGCUCGAGAAGCUCUGGAUGCUCUACCAGCUACUCCAUGCUCUUCGUGAUGCCCAUGCCAAGAACAUUUUUCACGGUGACCUUAAACCCGACAACAUUCUGCUGACCUCUUGGCAGUGGGUCAUGCUCUCUGAUUGGGCACCUUUCAAACCUGGCAUGCUGGCCGAUAACAACCCCAUGGCCUUUGACUUUUUCUUCGACACCUCCGGCAAACGCUCUUGUCUGCUGGCCCCUGAGCGGUUUUAUACACCACGCUCCAAGGACGGCACCGAGGAACUAUAUCGCGAUGAAGCACUGACCGCUGCCAUGGACAUGUUUGCCGUUGGCGCUGAUAAGGCGCGCCUCUUAAAUCCCACGACGAACCUUUGUCUCAACUACACCCGGUAUUUCGCUCUACCCUCACCUGACCCUAGCUGCAUCAUUUUUGAACUGUUCACGGAUGGUCUGAACCUCUUUGACUUUUCCACCUUACUCACUUAUCGCCUGACCAGCAUCAAGUUGCCUGUAUCAAAGUGCGCAACAAUUUUAGCCUCAUCCUUCCCCAUUUGCUUGUCUUUCCCCGCCUCCACACACUACGACGUCCCACAGAAUCAGAGCACCAUUGAUGACAAGUUGGCGCAGCUGGAUGAGCCUGCCAUUCGAGACUUGGUGCAAACUCUUGUGCAGCGCGACCCCAAGCUGCGACCCUCAGCUGCGCAACUUAUGGAGCAAUUGACCGGCUCGUUGUUUCCAAGCGCCUUUGCUGGUUUGCACACCUCACUGGAGAAGCUUCCCCUGAUUCGCUCCUCCCAGCAUGAGGUCUGCAUCAACUCCGCCGCAGCAACGCGAGUCCAUCACAUGGCCCGAGAAUGCAACUCCUUGUUGAAGGCAGCAGGCCAGAGCUCCAUUGACCAGGCGGCGGUGGGUGUGGUGGCCACCAACGUCCUCUUUGCGAACCUACGCCACCUGCACCAACUUCAGGCCCAGCUCACCUGUGUCAAUACCGUGCGCAAGCUCAUCCCCUGCGUUGACGAUGGAAUUCGCUUGGAGCGGUUUGUACCCCACCUGACUUACCUUUGUCUGAAGCAGCAUCCAGCUCGCUUAAGGGCUUCGGCGCUGUCAGCCCUGCUGUCAGCGUUGCAGCUGGUGAGCAAGGUUGAGCUGGCGCAUGUUCAGCUCUUCACCCAUUACAUCUUCCCAAACUUGCUGCACCUGAUCGAAGAUGAUGCUCCGUCGGAUGUGGCUGGGCAAGAACAACUGGCCAGCACCGGCAAGGACGUGUAUCAGCACCAGCUUGAGCACCUUGAGUUUAUCGUCAAAGACUCAUCAUCGAUGGUGCGUCGAGCCUUUUUGCUAUCGAGUCUGGACCGGCUGUGUCCCAGCCUCGGUCCCACCAAAACUGCCACACAGUUGUUGGCGCACAUGAUGUCCUACCUGAACGAGCGCAAUGACUGGCGCCUGCGAGCUGCAUUUUUCACCGGCAUUUCGAAUGUGGCGGUAUAUCUCGGACGAGAGAACCUCAAAGUCGGGCUCGACCCAUUUCUUAUUCAAGGUCUCAGUGACAGUGAGGAAUUUGUGGUUCAUCACACGCUACAAGCCAUCAUCGAAAUGACAAAGGCCAACAUUCUACCUGCGGGCCGCAAGCGCGACUUUACCAAGACCGUUUUCGCCCUGUUGCUGCAUCCAAACAAUUGGAUUCGGGCCGCAGCCAUCGAUUAUGUGACCACAGUGGCGGGAAUGAUUUCGGAGUACGAUAUGCACGCCUACCUCAUGCAUGAGCUCAAGGGUUUCUUGGCCUACCCAGUCGUUUCGCUCUUGGACAAGGCACUCCUGAUUACCGCGCUUCGCCCACCUUUGCCCCGCGGUCUUUUUGAAGUCUUGGUGACGCACGAAAAUUUUGGAGUCGUGGAGGAGCUCUUGUCUGAGCUCAGCGUGCAGCGAGCAGGGCCCCGACAAGUACAGCUGAGCGAGAAGCAGCAAAUGCUGUACAACCAGUUACUCAAGCUGCACAUGCGCGUCCAGGACGAGCAAGCUGCAGCCCUUCUCCUCGGAUUCAUUCGUCAGAUUGAGCGACUAUCACUGGACGCCACCGAGGCCACGGCAGCCAUUAUGUUGGGAGAUGCAACCGAGGAGGGUCCGUGCUGGCUCAUUGGUGCCAAUCAGUAUCGCUGGGGGCUGGGCCGCGCAGAUCGUCGCGCCAAUACGUCCAAAGCACCCGUUGUGCCCUCAGCGCCUUGGGUACCACAAGGAGCCAUGAUUGCACACUUGCACGAGCAUCGUGCGCGCGUGAGCGCCAUUGCCAGUCUGCCUGGGAGUGGGCGUGCUCUAACGGCGAGCAAGGAUGGCACUGUCAAGCUUUGGAAUUUGGCGGAGAUGACGCAUGCCGUGACCCCUUGCGCGUCAGAGCAAACCUUCACACAGUUUGAAGGACCGCUCCGACAACAGUUUGCUGCUAGUUCUGGUAGCAAGGUCGUCCUCUACGACAUUCAGAAAGUAGCCACAGCUUCGGCGGUGGAAAUGCCCGACCAGGCACGUAGCCGUGUCAUGGGCCUCACUGGGGCGAGAGCGCACACUUUCUCACGUGCCAUCGUUGCGGCAUACACCACGUCCAAUCGCAUUUGCAUCUUGGAUCACCGCCAAAAGCGGGUUUCCAGCUCCAUGUCUCUCGCCAACGACUAUGGUCUCAUGUCGUCGGCGGUCAUGUCCCCAGACGGUCUCUGGCUGGCCGGGGGCACGUCGGCUGGUGUGCUCAGUGUGUGGGAUCUUCGCUUCCACAAGACCGUCGUCCACUGGCGUGACGCUCCUCGAAUCGAGCACCUGGGCCUUUUCCCCCACGACUUUGACAGCACCAGGCCGCCGCAGAUCGUGGCAGCCGUGGGCGACUGGACACUGACCAGCUGGAAUAUGCGCACCCGUCAGCGCCAGCAACUCUUUCAGGUGGCGCGCGAGAACAUUGCACUGCCGUUGGAGUUGCCCAGCCCCUCCAGCCUACCCGCCCCACGCUCAGCCUACGACUUUCACGCAGACGCCGUGCGUAGCGACAUGACCUCGUCGGACCAAGUUAAUCUCUCCGUAUCGUGGACCCAGCUGAAGGAGCGUGAAAAGCGUGACUUUUUAAUCUCGUAUGUCAACAUUAACAUCACGUGUGUGUCAGCCACGGAAUCCGAUUCGCCGCUCGUGAUUGUUGGUGACAAUCAUCGUCAAAUCACCGUCUGGAACACAGCCGUGACAAGCGACUCCUUUGGUUUUGGGCAAAAAGAUGCCAAGGAGUUUGAGACGGAAACUCAGCGCCAUAUGGUUCUCACGCGGCCCAAGCCAGCCCCAAUGCCCGCAGACAACGAUUUUCAGCCCGGACCCGUUGCGCCCUCGUGUCACCAUCGUGCCCCAUUGAGUGCGGUGGCCCUGGUGACGGAGAACAAUGGCUUGGUGGUCUCGGCUGACACAAGUGGCGUGGUUAAGGAAAGACAGCGCAUCGAAAACAAAUCAUCUGAAAACCUAAUAACCAUGUCACAGACAUGAAGGAGCGCGGGUGUGGUUACCCCUGAGCAUUGUCUGCACCCAGCAAAAUGAAAGGAGGCCCCAACCAGGGAAAAAAGAAAGGAAAGAGAAGAAAACAAACUGGGCCAAAUCAAAAGAACAAGCAACAAACCAAGGGCAAAAAAAAGACAAAGACAAAGACAUGAAACUCUCUUGUGAUACUCGGGGAAACGGUGGAACAUCUAACCAAAGCAAGCGUGGCGGGCUGGGCGGCCUACGUCUAGCGAAAAGAAAUAUUUAAAGAAAAACAGAGCGCAGCUCGUCUCGUCAAGGCAAACCACCAACAGAAAGGCAGGCAAGCAAGCAGAUUGACAAACAAAAGAUCCAAAACAGGCACUUUGUUGGCUUAGCCCUCAACAUCAUCGGCAAAGGCGGCAACUUGCAAAAGCUCGGUGCAGGCUUGGGCCAAAAGCUUGCCCAGUCGUUCCUCCAUG